AUGCGAACAGCAGAACUGGAGAUUACUUGCCGACUUCGCCCCAAAGUAUUAUUAGUUCCACGCAAGAAAAAUGUCGAUCAUGCGAACGAAAAGACAAUUGAUCAAAUGAUUGCAGCAUUAAAAAUUCCAUCUCCCGAAAGAACAGAUCAAGAUGUAGAUACUCUAUUGUCAACAGUUGGAAAAUGGCCAUGCUUCACAAAUGCUGUUCACUCAGAGCAAAUGAGACGUGAAGUUUGUCGACAAAUGGUUUAUGAUGAAAGACCAGCAAACACAAUUCUUUUCAAACAGGAUGAUGAGCCUAAUGGUUGGUUUAUUGUCGUUACUGGCGAGUGUAAAGUCGUUAAAGUCAUUACAGAUGAUGCAUUUAUGGCGGAUAUGCCUCCAAUCAUGGUUCAAAAGCUAAAAGAAGCUCACGGACCAGACAAAUUCUUCAGAGCUGUAUUCACUGCUGGUCCCAAACUCGAAUUCGGAUCUGUCGCUCUCAUUAACGAUUGUCCGCGUAACGCUACGAUCUAUAUCUCGCAGCCAAGUAUUCUUAUUCGUGUUGAUAACCAGAUCUAUCGUGAUACUGCCAAGUUCUUUGCUCGUACUCAGCUUGUUAAACGUGCAAAUAUCAUUUCUCACAUCAAAGAGUUCUCCAUUUUACAUACAGUACGCGAUGCCAACGGCGAAGAAGGCGAUACAUUCAUCCGCCUUGCCGAAAACACCGUAGAUUUCAACUUACCCGCUGGAACAAUUCUCGAUAAGCAGCAUACCGCGCCAAUUACAGUCCCCGUCAAGUUCGAUCCCAACGGGAAGUCCGAGAACGAGAUAAAGACCUUCUGGGACAACGAAAAAGCCAAGACACAGGGCUUUUUUGUCGUUGCUCAAGGAAAAUUAACCGUUCACCGUUAUGUAAACUUCUCAGAAUACAAAGGGAACGACUCCAAGGACAUAAAAGACGAUGUUCUCAGCGUCAGACUCCCUCACGGCCAGCAUCUAAUUCAGAUAGCUGAACUUGGACCGAAAACAAUGUUUCCAGACCCAAGAUUAGAGGAUGGAUGGAUCAAACAUCAAUGUACACUCAAAGUUUCCGAACCUUGUCUCUUACACAAUUUGAAAUUAAACGAUUUGACAUCGGCAAUUACACAAAACAACCUGGAGAAGAUCAAAGAAAGGAUCCUUGACCAACCUGAUGACCAGCAGAUUAUAGAGAUGUGGAUAGAAAAACAAAGAGCUGCACAAUGGCUCGCAUAUAAAAAUCAGUGCGUAAAAGAAGCGAAAAAAGUCAUUGCUUUGGAACGCCAGAUCAUGAAUGGAGAAUAUGGUAUGAGGAAAGCAGGAAUUCCUAAGUCAAUUAAAGAACAUGACCCAUUUCCUCCAUUGAGAAAAAGUUCUUUCAGCGAUUUGGAGUCUUUGGAGAGGGAGAAGAUAAAGAGGAGAGAAAAGGAAAAGGCAUUUCAGACAAGAAAGAUGGACCAGAUGAGAAAAGCAAUAGAAUCAAGAGUGGCAAUGGAAACUAAGAGAUCUGAGGAAAUUAAGAAGAUUAGAGAGGAGAAACUAAGUUACGUAAGAAAGAAAUCGGCUCUGGAAGAGACAAGAACAAGUGCUAGAUCACAAGGAUCUCCAAAGAAACUUGUUACAUAA